CCGGGAGGGGACGCGCCCACCCCGGCGGCCACCUGAGGGGCGCCGGCGACAGCGUGGUCUAGCGCGGCACCGGCUCGGAAUCCCCGCGCCCGCGCCCGCCCCCGCCGGGACCCGCGCGCCCGCUCCACUGCGGACCCCCGGCAUUUCCAGGAACAGCCUCGGCCGCUGCGCGGCGCACGCUCUCCCGAACCUCAUGGGCAGCCUCUCCGGCCGGCGAAGAUGGAGAACCUAAUAAGGGGAAGGAAUCCCCCCCAAUAUCAGAGAAGUCCUUGUAAAGAAGUUCGUGCAGCACUUAGGAAGAGGCCUGAGGAGGAGUUGCAGUGCCUGGAGAUGAACACGAAACGGAAGAUCAUCGGCCGCCUGGUGCCUUGCCGAUGUUUCCGAGGUGAAGAGGAAAUCAUCUCAGUGUUAGACUACUCCCACUGCAGCCUGCAGCAGGUGCCAAAGGAGGUCUUUAACUUCGAGCGGACCUUAGAGGAGCUUUAUCUGGAUGCCAAUCAGAUUGAAGAGCUACCCAAGCAAUUGUUCAACUGUCAAGCUCUACGAAAAUUAAGUAUUCCUGAUAAUGACCUUUCAAGCCUGCCAACCUCCAUUGCUAGUUUAGUUAAUCUUAAAGAACUCGACAUCAGCAAAAAUGGUGUACAAGAAUUCCCAGAAAACAUAAAGUGCUGUAAGUGUUUAACAGUUAUUGAAGCCAGCGUCAACCCCAUCUCUAAACUCCCUGAUGGCUUCACGCAGCUCCUAAACUUGACCCAGCUCUACCUGAAUGACGCCUUUCUUGAAUUUCUUCCAGCCAAUUUUGGAAGACUUGUCAAGUUACGAAUCUUGGAGUUAAGAGAAAAUCACUUGAAAACUCUACCAAAGUCAAUGCACAAACUCGCCCAGUUGGAAAGACUUGACCUAGGCAAUAAUGAAUUCGGAGAGCUGCCCGAAGUUCUGGAUCAAAUACAAAAUUUAAGGGAGUUGUGGAUGGAUAAUAAUGCAUUGCAAGUGCUACCUGGGUCUAUAGGGAAGUUAAAGAUGUUGAUAUACCUGGAUAUGUCAAAAAACAGAAUAGAAACGGUCGACCUGGGUAUUUCUGGAUGUGAAGCUCUUGAAGACCUGCUCCUGUCAUCCAAUAUGUUGCAACAGUUGCCUGACUCUAUAGGACUGUUGAAAAAACUGACUACUCUAAAAGUAGAUGACAAUCAACUUACAAUUCUACCAAAUACAAUCGGAAAUUUAUCGUUAUUAGAAGAAUUUGACUGUAGCUGUAACGAGCUCGAGUCGCUGCCUUCGACAAUUGGCUACCUUCACAGUCUGCGAACCCUAGCAGUUGAUGAGAACUUCCUUCCGGAAUUGCCUAGAGAAAUUGGAAGCUGCAAGAAUGUAACAGUGAUGUCUCUCCGCUCCAACAAGCUAGAAUUCCUUCCUGAAGAAAUUGGUCAGAUGCAGAAACUGAGAGUUUUAAAUUUAAGUGAUAACAGAUUGAAGAAUUUACCAUUCUCAUUUACAAAACUUAAAGAGCUUGCGGCAUUGUGGCUUUCUGACAAUCAGUCCAAAGCCCUUAUCCCUUUACAAACAGAAGCCCAUCCAGAAACAAAGCAGCGAGUACUGACUAACUACAUGUUCCCCCAGCAACCUCGCGGUGAUGAAGAUUUCCAGUCCGACAGCGACAGCUUCAACCCUACCCUGUGGGAGGAGCAGAGACAGCAACGCAUGACUGUGGCCUUUGAAUUUGAGGAAAAGAAAGAAGAGGACGGAAAUGCUGGGAAAGCUAAGGAUCUCUCCUGCCAAGCCCCCUGGGAGAGGGGCCAGCGUGGGAUUACUCUCCAACCUGCCAGGCUGUCUGGCGAUUGCUGCACACCAUGGGCCAGGUGUGAUCAGCAGAUCCAAGAUAUGCCCGUCCCCCAGAAUGACCCCCAGCUGGCGUGGGGUUGUAUGAGUGGCCUCCAGCAGGAAAGGAGCAUGUGUACUCAGUUACCAGUGGCAGUGCAGUCCACCACGCCUCCCUCUCUGAGUGGCAGACAGGUUGAAAUAAACCUAAAACGAUAUCCAACUCCUUACCCAGAGGAUUUAAAGAAUAUGGUAAAAUCUGUUCAAAAUCUAGUGGGUAAGCCAAGCCAUGGAGUGCGUGUUGAGAAUUCAAAUCCAACUGCUAACACGGAACAGACUGUGAAAGAAAAAUUUGAACACAAGUGGCCGGUGGCCCCAAAGGAGAUUACAGUGGAGGAUUUGAAUUAUAGACAUUUCAAAUCUGAUUCUUUUGUUCAUCCAGCUAAUGAAAUGAGGAUUGGGGAACUUCACCCUUCAUUAGCUGAGACCCCUCUGUACCCACCCAAACUUGUUCUGCUAGGGAAGGAGAAAAAAGAAUCAACUGAUGAGUCUGAAGCUGACAAAACUCACUGUCUGAAUAACAGUGUUUCCUCAGGCACCUACUCAGACUACUCACCCUCCCAGGCUUCCUCGGGAUCCUCUAACACCCGGGUUAAAGUGGGGUCCUUGCAGACAGCAGCUAAAGAUGCAGUGCAUAAUUCUUUGUGGGGUAACAGGAUAGCACCAUCUUUCCCACAGCCUCUGGACGCGAAACCAUUACUCAGCCAGCGGGAGGCUGUUCCCACCGGGAAUCUGCCACAGCGACCUGACCGGCUCCCCAUGAGCGAUGCUUUCCCUGACAGCUGGACGGAUGGCUCCCACUACGACAACACAGGGUUUGUUGCUGAGGAGCCCACUGCCGAGAAUGCCAACAGUAACCCACUCCUGAGCUCAAAGGCGAGAAACGCAGCUCCUCACGGACGCAGGCCUCUGAUCCGGCAGGAGAGGAUCGUUGGUGUCCCCCUGGAACUAGAGCAGGCCACCCACAGACACACGCCAGAAACAGAAGUGCCUCCUUCCAAUCCCUGGCAGAAUUGGACCAGAACCCCUAGUCCGUUUGAAGACAGGACCGCUUUUCCCUCCAAAUUAGAGACGACCCCCACGACCAGCCCCUUGCCCGAAAGGAAGGAACAUAUAAAAGAAUCUGCGGAAAUACCUAGCCCUUUUUCUCCAGGAGUGCCAUGGGAGUAUCACGACUCCAGUUCCAACAGGAGUCUUGCUAAUGUCUUUUCUCAGAUCCACUGCCGCCCGGAUUCCUCUAAAGGUGUUAUUUCCAUUAGCAAAAGCACAGAGAGGCUUUCCCCACUUAUGAAAGAUAUCAAGUCCAAUAAAUUCAAAAAGUCACAGAGCAUCGAUGAGAUUGACAUUGGUACCUACAAGGUUUAUAACAUACCGUUAGAAAACUACGCCUCGGGGAGCGACCACUUAGGAAGCCACGAACGGCCGGACAAGAUGCUGGGCCCAGAGCACGGCAUGUCCAGCAUGUCUCGAAGCCAGUCCGUGCCCAUGCUGGACGACGAGAUGCUCACUUAUGGAAGCAGCAAAGGGGCCCAGCAGCAGAAAGCUUCGAUGACCAAGAAAGUCUACCAGUUCGACCAAAGCUUCAACCCCCAAGGAGCUGUGGAGGUGAAAGCUGACAAGAGGAUCCCGGGUCCUUUCCAGCACAAUUCUGAGUACGUGCCACAGCCCAGCAAAAACCUGGCCAAGGAUCUGGUCAGCCCCAGGGCUUACCGGGGCUACCCGCCCAUGGAGCAGAUGUUUUCCUUCUCCCAGCCGUCUGUCAACGAGGAUGCCUUGGUGAAUGCCCAGUUCGCCAGCCAGGGCAGCAGGGCAGGCUUCCUGAGGAGGGCCGACUCCCUGGCCAGCUCCACGGAGAUGGCCAUGUUCCGCAGGGUCAGUGAGCCCCACGAGCUGCCCCCCAGCGAUAGGUACGGCAGGCCCGCGUACAGGGGAGGGCUGGAUCGCCAGAGCAGCGUGUCAGUGACUGAGGCCCAGUUCCUCAAGAGGAAUGGCAGGUAUGAAGACGAGCACCCUUCAUAUCAAGAAGUGAAAGCUCAGGCGGGAAGUUUUCCCGUUAAAAACCUUACCCAGAGGAGGCCAUUAUCUGCGAGAAGCUACAGUACAGAGAGUUACGGGGCCUCCCAAACCAGGCCAGUUUCAGCUAGGCCUACUAUGGCAGCUCUUUUGGAAAAAAUACCGUCUGACUAUAACUUGGGUAACUAUGGUGACAAGCCAUCAGAUAACAGUGAUGUAAAGACGAGGCCUACUCCUGUGAAGGGAGAGGAGAGCUGUGGUAGAAUGCCGGCAGACUGGAGACAACAGCUGCUUAGACAUAUAGAAGCUAGAAGGUUAGACAGGAAUGCUGCUUACAAACACAACACAGUUAACCUUGGCAUGCUGCCCUAUGGAGGUAUUUCAGCAAUGCAUGCAGGCAGAAGCAUGACUUUAAACUUGCAGACUAAGUCUAAAUUUGAUCAUCAAGAACUACCUCUUCAGAAAACCCCGUCCCAGCAAAGCAACAUUUUAGACAAUGGACAAGAAGAUGUGUCUCCUAGUGGCCAAUGGAACCCUUACCCCCUUGGGAGGCGGGAUGUACCUCCGGACACCGUUACUAAAAAGGCAGGCAGCCACAUCCAGACUUUGAUGGGUUCCCAGAGCCUUCAGCAUCGCAGCCGGGAGCAGCAGCCAUUCGAGGGGAACAUAAACAAAGUGACCAUCCAGCAGUUUCAGUCACCAUUGCCUAUUCAGAUCCCCUCCUCGCAGGCCACACGGGGACCACAGCCUGGACGGUGCUUAAUUCAGACUAAAGGGCAAAGGAGUAUGGAUGGAUACCCAGAGCAGUUUUGUGUGAGAAUAGAAAAGAACCCUGGCCUUGGAUUUAGUAUCAGUGGCGGAAUUAGUGGACAAGGGAAUCCAUUCAAACCUUCUGACAAGGGUAUCUUUGUUACUAGGGUCCAGCCUGAUGGGCCAGCAUCCAACCUACUACAGCCCGGUGAUAAGAUUCUCCAGGCAAAUGGACACAGUUUUGUACAUAUGGAACAUGAAAAAGCUGUAUUACUACUGAAGAGUUUCCAGAACACAGUAGACCUAGUUAUUCAACGUGAGCUUACUGUCUAAAUAUUUUUUAUAAAUAGUGAAGAUAUGUCUAGCCAGACCUAAUGUUCAAAAAGAAAUUUAUACAUAGAAACAAAUUUUGCCAAUUGCUGGACCAAUGGCAAACAUUAGUGCCAAAUGUAUAAUACUGUAUGUUAGCACUGAUCAUCCUUAAAAAUGUUAACUCUAUAAAUACAAUGUUCAUGUGCUUAUGUACAAGUUUUAAUUGUCAGCCUCUGGCUGUGCAUUGGUGCAGUUUUGUUUCUGUUUUCGUUUUUUAAUCAAAAUCAGUUUCUUCUCAAAGUGGAUUUCAUAUAAUUUCAGAGCACGGAAGCACACACAAGCUCUUUAUGAAUUCUGCUCUCCAUCAGAAACACUGCCUCAAAGUUGUAUAUGCCUUUAUAUAGAAAAUACAAGUAUAAAGAAUUGUAAUUCCCAUAAAAUAUUUCUAGCACAAGGUAUAUGUUGGCAUAUAUACAAAAAGAAUAUAGAGAAAAACAAUAUUUUCAUAAACUAAACAUCUCGGAUUGAGAAUGAAAAUAUAUCUUAAAAUAAGACUUUACUAUAUUGAAUCUUUUUCAAUAAAAAUUACAUGAUAAUGCCUUAUGAAAGUAACUGUACAUAUGGUAUAAAGUGUUUAUAUUUGGUUCCAUAUUCAUUUGCUAAAUUCUCAUAACACAGAGUGAAAUAUUUCAUAAAUGAUCCACUUACCUCUGGGACCUGAAUAAAAUAGGACUAAUUUGUUCAAUGCCUGUAGCUAAUUAUAAUACAUGCCAAGUUAAGAAAUAGAGUAAAAGUCAUCAUAGAUACGACUUUUUCACCACAAACUCAAGCAGUGAAUGAUGGGUGGCCGGAAAGGUAUUGUUUUAUUUCUUGGAAGUUUAUGUUGAUUAUAAACUGUAGCCCCUGGUAUUUUUUACUUGCCAGUGUGGAAUUUUUUUGUGUGCUGCUUUAUUUAAUUUGCAACUUAAGGAAUUUAUCCUUAAGGAAGACUUGCCAGAAAGUUAUGAUGGGUGAUUUAAACACUUCAAUAUUUAAAUAUGAAACUUCAAAUAUAAUGUCUCAGAGCUGUGGUUGAUUUGUAUUAUUAAUUUCAAUGCCAAUUUUUGUGACGAGAAAUACAUAAAACAUUUCCCCUCCAAAAGUGUCAAGGUAUAUAACAUUUUUAAUAUUCUCACUAGAGAAGCAUACUUAAUGUAGAAAUUAUUUAGUUUGACAUUGGAACUAUUUUUUUCUAUGAAUGAUCAAAAUUCAUUUUACAAUCCUUUAAAAAUAUUUAUUUAUAUAAUAUUUUUAAUUUGAUUAAAUAUGAAUUUGCAAUUCCAGAACAACUCUCCAGACUUGGUCGUAUGCAUUCUCUCUCACCUUCCCACAUAGGUUAUAUAUAUAACAGCUUUAUUUUACAUACUAGUGUUUCAAACAUUCUAUUGGGAUUUUACAAUAGAAUCACAUAUCGAUGACACCAGAGCUCUGAGAAUAAUAUUUGUAAGUUAAUGUUUUAUGGGGACAUUGAAAUAUUGUAUUUUUUAUAGGGUCUGUUAAAAUGAGUCUCACUUAUUAGAAGUACAGUGGUAUUUUUUGGCAUAGAAUUUGUCACUUGAAGGCAAAUGAUACUUUAUUUUAUAGAUGAUGCACUAAUUUUUAUGUUGCUUUACAUCAGGGUGACUUGAUACCAUGAUUUUAUAGGCUUUGACAGUUAGCUAGCGAUUAAAUGACUGGCCUAUUUAGUAUAUUUCCCAGAAGUAACUUUUAAAUGCAUUUUCAUAUGUUGAAAGUUUCUGGUGAGAAAUGUCUCUCAGAGCCUAAUUUUCCUUAUCAAAAACUCAUGCCACGCUACUGUAUCCAGAUAGUGGAGGAUGAUCAUCAUUAAUCAGGAGUAAGGCCCUCCCUGGCCUUACCGAUCACUUAAAGGAAAAACAAACUCAAGAAUGUAGCAUGGUGACAAUGAAACACCUCAAAUCAUCACAUCAGUGUGUGGUUUAACGUUUCAUGGGAGGGGUGGGGAAGGAGCCAGAGGUAGGAUUCCCCAAGUCUCUCUCUUCUGUCCGGUUUCCACAGCGACCCCAGGGCAGGAGAAGAUAUUCCUGAGGCUCUGAUCUAAGGGGAUCGGGACCCUAGUCCACACCCUUGCCUAUGACAGCAGUGUCUCGGGUGAAUGCUUUAAUAAUUCCUCUUCUGCAGUUCAGAAAUGAGGGAAAGAGGAAAAGGAUCCCUCACCAACUGGAAAAGAAAUCCAAUAUGCCAAAGCACCUCACUGUCAAUUGUACUGCUAUGCUGUUACUGAAGAGAAGCUUGCUUUUUUGUUAAGCUAUCCUGAAUUGAAUCACUUGAGGGGUAAAAACUAAUUUAUUUUAUGGGUGACUAAAAAUCAACAAUUGAUUUUUGAGUAUUGAGUAUUGGGGGUGGGGUAUUGGUUUGCUGCCUGAAACUAGAAUCUGGUUCAUGUUAAUAAUAACAAAAGAAUUCAGGGGAAGGCCUUUAUAAAAAGAGAAACAUCAACAACAAUAAAGAGAGGAAUUCUUGAUGGCUCCAGUAGACUCAACCUCUUGGUUUCUGUUGGAAUUUUCCUGCUGAGGAAGCUGUUUAUGUGAGAUGGACCAGUCAGAUAUAAUGGAAGGGGCUGAAAAAGCUUCUAGGUGGGAAGACCAAAUGCUGAAAUUUACUAGCAGAAUUGCUGCAGAUUUUGUAAGUCAAAUAGGCAUUGGUUUUAGGCAUUUAAAGAACCAUUUACAAGACUGACAAUAAAUACUUUGUCAUAAAAGAUUUCUUAGGAUAAUCUCAAUGCUCUAGGCAACACAAGUCACUUAAAUACACAAUAAUUUCAAAAUAUGUGUAUUUUUGACAAGGAAUACUAUUUGCAUCUGGCUAACUUGUGUCCCAGUUACUUAGAAUUUUAAUUAUGCAGACCUCACUCACACAGGCUCCAUUGUUCUGAACCUUACCUUGGAGUAUCACCUUCCAGCUGGAAAACUGCUCUGAAAAGGAGGUAAUAAAUCAACACCAACUUGUCUUUAAUUUUAAAGAUAACUACACACAUAUCACUAAUACAGCUGUUUAUUUAAAAGUAGGACUGAAAUAUCUUUUACCAUGUGAGGUAAAGAAGCAAGAAAAUAGAUUUCCAUAUUCCAACAUUAAGAGAAAAGUAUUUAAAUUUGCUAAAAUGAUUAGAUAAAGAAAACCAGAGAAACACAUUUGUAAUCAUAAAGUCUGUUUACUAUCUCUACUAAAAUUUAAAGCUUUGGAAAAAUAGCAUACUUGCCACUGUGUCCUUCCUUUUAAUAUGGACACUCAGGUCAAAAAUAUCUAUUCUGAUGUCUGCUCUUAUCCAAAAAUAUGACAUAACCAGGGGAGAACUCGCACUGGCAUAGGACAACCAUCUUAAGUCUUUGUUGUAAAUUCAAUCAGAUGACACAUCUGACUGGUUCCUCAAAAAACUGACACAACAGCAAGUUUACUAGAACACUGCAUUAAGCAGAAAGUUAAAAAGUAUACAAAUAGUAAAAUCCAGUAAAUUAAGAAGACGGCUCUCUUAUCUCGAAUAAAGAAGAGCAAGGUGAGCUUCUAGUCAAGUUGCUCUGACAGCGAUGCUAAAUUUCUCUGAGCCCGGUGAAAUGUUCAAAUACUGCGUUAGCGAUGUGUCCUUCCUACAAUUGUAGCUACCUGAUCAGCUGGGAAUUGGGUAAGUUUCCAGAUUCAAAAUCACUUGUAAAACUUGUUUCCCUUGGCAAUACAAUUUCUUUUUAUUAAGAAACGCAGCGUGCUUUUCUCAGAAUAUUUCCCAUCAUCCCCCCCCCCGCGCCCCGGCCAGUAGAUGAUGGCAAGAAAACAGGGCGUGGGUGUGAACAGUGGGUGCGCACCAGCGCGAGCACGUGGGUUAGCACUGCAGACCCCCGCUGGCUUUGCUGUCCUCCUUUCAGCUCCACUUUGAUGGAAACCAUUCGGAGAGCACAUUUUCCCACACACCCCAAUGUACGAAACCAAGCCAGAUGCCAUCGAGUUUUGCAGUUCCAUCCUGAAACUUGCGAGACCAACCAAUCUUCCUUGCUACUGUGGCUGCUCGAAGUCCAUCCCUCUGGCUCCUGUGCCUUUCAAAGGCCAUGGAUUUCUUCCAGGAGCAGUGAAAUUAACCAAAGCCCCAAUGUCACUGACAACAAAAACGAAACUUACAGGCAAGGCUUGAGGGUGGUGAUGCCUUAAGAGAACUGUUUCCAUUUUUUAAAUUAUUUUUUUCUCUUUUUUACAUGUUGGAUUUUGCAUCGUGAGGGACUUUCUCUGAGCCUUCUAGAAUAAAAUCAUAAAAUUCUUCUCUUCCGAGUGCCUCCAAAAUGCCCUGGGACCAGUGACUCCUGCAGGCUCUCAGGGAGCACAGGAGUCCCAGGUGCCAUGUUAGAAUGAGCCGCCCAGAAGGGCAGUGACUGGAGCAGGCGCUCAUCCCUGCAGACGGGCCGGCCUGUCUUCCUCCACUCUAACAUGUCUGCAGAGAGAAUGGUCUGGAAACUCCUGAGAGGAUAAAAACAGCAUGGCUUCUACUUGGGAAAAUUCAGAGAGUUCCGAAACAGGGGUGGGGAGCAGAGUCUAAGUUUUGAAGGAACAUAAAGUGAAAAUAGAGGAAUAGUGCAUCCCCUGGGCUUUAACUGCAUGAUUACUUUAAAUUGCCCUGAGAGCAGGUCUCUGAGAAAUAAGGAGAAAGGGGAAAUGAUUUACUGGUUCCAACUUUUAAGGCAUUUCUUCAGCUAAUCCGUUUCUCCAGUUGGAUUCUGUGUGGGGCCACCAGGUUGUGCUCUUUGUGACAUUAAAUGCUAAGCAAGGGGUUUUUUUACAAAAAAAUGACCUGGAUGUAAUGCGCUCCCACAUUUUAUGUGGGUAUUUCUGCAUGAGUUUCUCCCCAGUCCGACUGCCUGACACGCUUUUUUGGGAACUAAUUGUGUUCAUGGCAGCACCUCAGAGAGCAGAAGGUUGUGAAAUCCAGGCACCAUUUAAAUAGAGAGAAAAUAGUCAAAUUCUGUGACUCUUGUGAGCCAGGCACUGGAACCAACAUUGGCCUGACUCAGAGAAAAAGCCACGGGUCCAGUUUCCACAGGGGAAAUUUUUAAACCUAGCACUGUUUCCUUUUUUUAAAAAAUCUCUUAUUUUCAUUGUUUAGACUAGUAUAAAUUUCAAUGGGUAUAGGAAUUGGUGCUAAGAAAAAAAGUUAAAUGAAUCCUCCACUCUUUCCCUAGUUUUCAAAGUAUUUUUCCGUCAGUAUUGUACAAAUGUAUUGUUUGUGCUGAGGUGUGGGUUUUUUUCCCUUUUCUAAACAAAAUGAGGAGUAAGCAGCCUAAUAGCCAGGUAUCUCUACACUUGGAGUGAAGUAUCUCUGCACGGACUUCACUUUCAUCAUAAAUGCAUGUAUUUUUUCCACAGGAAAACAUGUAGCAUAGCUGCAGCUCAGAAGCCUAAGAUAUGUUCUUCAUAAAUUGACAACAUUUGGAGACAUUUCAUUGAAAAGUAUAGCAAAAACAUUCAUUGCAAUGAUUAUAAAUAUUCUAAUAAGAUAUUUGUUGAGCCUCGGCUGCAUACCAGGCACUGCAAGAAAUAAAAUGUAGUCUCCACUGCACAGACUCACAGAUGAGUGGAAAGAGAAGUUCCAGACAGUAUGAGGCAGUGUGCUGAGUCCCUUUGCCCCUGCGCAAAAGGAAACAGCAUCCUUAGCUUGUCGAGUCUUCUUGGGUUUGAACAGGGUGACCCAUUUGGAGUGGCCAGCAGGGUUCUGUGACCCCUGGGAGGUCACUUAGUGGCAGUGUGAAGGAAACACUGGAGAACCUAGACAUGCCAGAGUGAAAACCUUGCUGGAUGAGGUCAGUGGAAAGCAGAAUCCCGUGGGUCUCUGGAAGAGGGGCCGUGGUUCGGUCAGUUUGUGAAGUUCUAAAGUGGAAAAGGAAUUGAAUGAAGAAUGGUGUUCUUCAAUCUGGUCCGGCCCUGUGCCUAUAAACCCUGACAGGAGGAGAGAAGCCAAUAGUAGUCAACACUUGAACAGUCAUGAGCUUCUUAAUUGAAAAAAAAAAAAAAUCCUUCCAUUCUGAGAGCAAAGGUCCCUCCUGUGACCGCGCCUCCUGCAGGCCGUCAGGGGCACAGCAGUCCCUGCGACCCAGUGUUGGAGCCACUCGGAAAUGCAGUUUUGCAACUCAGCUGGCUGCCUUUCAUAGUUACUUCUUUCAGCUGUGCGAUAAAAAGUAUCUUUUCCCCUCGCACGAUGGUCAGUCGACCCCAUGAAAAUACUGCUUCUUUGAGGUUGGGUCCCUCAGAUCCACAUCAUCCACAGCUGCUUCCUCUUCCAAGGCAAAUGUCGUCCUCUGAAUCUAGGGGUGUUUUGCUUCACCCUUCGAGAAUGUCUUCUUCCCGAGGACCUGCAGCCUCUGCCCACGCCCUUUCUAAAGUUCUAGAAUCAUAUGCAGGCUUGCGAGUCCAGCACUACAACCACAAAACCGUCUCUAACCUUGGCAAGAAGGAAUCUCUCCUCUGGGUUCCGUAGCAUCUUGUAGAUGUUGCAGGAUCCUUGCCCUCUGCUGAGAUCACAGCCACUUUUCCUUUCCUCUCAACUGAGAGAGAGGAUCAGACAGUCCUCAGCAGAGCCCUUGGACAGAAGGCUCAGGCUGACACAUCUGCUUCUGCUUACCCUGUAGCCUUAAUUCCUUGGUGUCAGAACCAUAGCAGGUGCUCCAUAAAUACCUGUGAAAUGAUUAAACAGAUGACCGGCCGGGCCCAUCAGUCCACUGCAUAAAUAUUGAAAGAAACAGGAAGUUCAUGUUCAACUUGCACAUUGUUAAGCCACCGACCUUUUACCUUCUCAGUUCACUCACCAUUCUCAGUGUUAUAAAAAAGAAAAAAAAUCAUCUUAACUUGAUUUUCUUCCUCUUGAAAGGAUUUCUUCUAAACGCUUUUAAGCCUUUUGUGCCAUUUUGGUGGUUAUGUUUAAUUUCCCUUUUACGUGUUCUAAAGACCUUAACACUGUCCAAAACAUUUAAGAUGUGGCUUUUGCUCAUUUAAUCAAAGCAUAACAUAUUUAGACUUUUGAUUUAUUUGGGUUUUAUCUCUCUUCUGGGAAGAAGUCAUGCAUAUCGUUGUCAGGAAAAUGUCCUUGAGAAAUGAAUGUGUGAGGUUGAACUCAGAGCCGAGGUUUCAUCUAGGGAUCGUUAGGUCCUCUUCCAUCAUUUUACCAGGGGUCCUCGGAGCCCUGUGCUGCCCAGACAGGGAGCUAAGGAGAGGGUAGAACACGGCUGAGUCUGGCUUUGGGCUCUUUAUAAAAAUCCUUCCACCUGUCCACUGUGGCUUUGCAACUUGGUAGAUCCCUUGCCCUGCACUCUUUGUACAGUUUGGAGGUGGGAAGAAUAAGGGUAUCAGGAAAGGAAUAGGGUAGGAUAGCCGAGAGGAGGUGGGGCUCAGCCCUUUGAUCUCUGAACUGUAACUGCUGCCUUGUGCUGCCCACUGUAAAGAGGAAAGAAGAGUCUGUUCAUAAGCCUUCGGCCACGGUUCAGGGGGACAGUGUUGACGAGCAACGGGUGGGUAUCAUGUGCAAGACCCUUGGUUCAAGCCCCAGCACCACAAAAGAAAAGAAUUAGUAUAAUUGACUAUGCAACUAGACUACAAAAAUUCAAGGUUACCUUGAUAAAAUCACAUUCCCCUCCCCAAACUUUUAUAGGGAUCAGAAUCUGGCCUACUGCUCUUGAAGGAGAAAGGGAAUAUUCUGUUUAUGCUGCUGUGAACAUUGGCUUCACUAGAUUCCUCCUUGUAGGGACAAGAACUUGGACCCCUGCAGCUUGAAGGAAGAAUGAUGUCUCAGUGGGGUGAGCUCCUAACCACAGUCUCUCUUUUACCUCAUGCAACUGUGAUUUUAUGCAAAGUAAAACAUUUGUGUCUUAACUUUCUCUCAAAAAUACAUGCCAUAUUUUUCUAUUUGAGUGUCAGACCAAAUGGAUUCCAGAAUUGAGUGACUGUUUGUCACCUAUGCUUAGGCUAUGGAUACUCAUUUCUCCCAUCCUUCCCUCUGCUUUUAAGUUCUUUUUAUAAGUAGAGCUUACUUGGUCUUUGUUUUGGUUACUUCAGUCUUCUUCUCAUGGAGCCUUUGAUUUAGAAAGCUUUAGAGCUCAUGAGUUGAGCUUGAAGGGAUAGGUGAUAGAAGGAUCCCUGGAAGGCCACUUAGAGCCCAUGUCUGCAUAGUGACAAAAGGAGAAGAAUGCCAGUAUCUGAGAAAUGCACUGCAGAGGUUACAUACUGAGAGGGAUGUUAGGACCGGAAGUGGGUAAGAGUAUUUUACAGUAAUAAGAGUACAGUAAACCCUCCAGUUACAACCAGCCUGACAUACAAACAACUUGGGUUAUGACUGAAAUUUUAGUUUUACUUUAUGAUCAAAGUCUUGAGUUAUGACCUGAAUGCCAGUCGCUUGUGCUUCCAGAUGGUCUCAGAUACAGAUUUAACCCUUAAAGAGUUCUGGAAGGAACAUGACAACCUCUCCUGUGUGGGAUUCACAGAGGAAUCCUGGGCCAGUGUCUCUCUGAAGACACUGAGAUCUGCCUGUGUACAGGAGAGAGACUGUGAAGGCUGUAGAGAGGAGCGUGAGCUUCCACUGAUGAACUUGAGUUACAACCAGUCCUCGGGAACAGAUUGAGUUCAUAAGUCAAGGGUCCACUGUCCUUCAAGUAUUUUAAGUGGGAGAAUUUUGGAAUAAUAAGUGAGGAAUGGUAUAAGCAGGGGAGGGCUGGAUGAAAGGGGGAAUUAAAUGACUUAAGGAGAAGACUGAGGAAAGGAAAAUGAGGAAGACAAAGGCCUGGAGAAGGAAAAUGGAGAGGGUGGAGGGAGCGUCAGCCACCCGCAUCUGCCCCAGGCUCUGGAUUCUGCUUCCGAAGCCUCUUCCUGGCAGGCCCUCAGUCCUCUCCUCCUCUCCCCUCUGCUGGCCCAGAGGGUGAUUUUGCAGAUCUUCUUGGUCUCCAACCUUUCUCCUGAUGUUCCAGAUAUCGAGGAAAGAAUUCAAAAUGAAACCUAAGGCCUGUAUUAGAAAUAUGUUCUGUUUAAUGGCUGUGCAUUUUGAGAAGCUAUUUGUGUACAGUAGUGGUCAUUUUAAUUUUUUUAAGUCUCUUCCACUUCUCGGAACAAGGAAAUUUAUCAGCGCACUGCUAUCAGAACAACAGCAAACAAUACAGACAUAAGUAGAAGCCCUCCACACCAGAAAAGGACCUGGAGAGGGUCCCGUCUGUCUCCCUUCAGGAAAGAGUUAAUGCCAUUUUAAAUUCCUUCGGAGAAAGGGGUAUCACUUCUCUCUGUAACCCACCCUGAUAAAGCAACAAGCUGCAUUUCAUCCCAAUAAAACUCUUAGUUUAAAUUACUGGAUUUAGGUCUGACACACACUGCAAGUCCUGGACACAUCCACAUACUUUAAGGGAUGUGCCUGCAGUUCAAGAAAGCACCACUAGAUGGAAAACGAAUACGGUGAUUUUGUCCCUGACCUUGACAACCACAAGCUCAGAGCAGAUUUUAAACCUGUGGUGCUAAUGUAAUUGUUAGUAGCACCCUUUCCAUAUUCUAAAGAAUGGAUUUUGAAACAAUUAUCUAAACAAUGUAUGAAAAGUAUAAGAGCUCUUGACUUAUUUAUUUUAAGGGGUUUCUAUAAUUGUUCGGUUUAAUGAUCUCAUCUAUCACUUUAAUAAUUCUUCUCCCACUUCUUUGUGUUUUCCAAGUAUAUUUUGCCAACCUCUCAUGAUUUGAAGCAUGUUCCAUUCCCGUGUGCUCACUCCAAGCAUGUGGGAAUAUAUUUGCCACAAAUCACUCAAGUUUUAUUUUUUAAAUGCACACUCUAAAACUUAAACACCAAGAACUAAGUUUGCCUAGCAUAACCUUCUUUAUAUAAUUCUAUAAACUGGUCCAAUCUGAAUUUGUGCAUAUCUGUGGAUAGCUUUACUUCCUGUAGGCAUCUGGCAGUAAGUAGACAGCUGCUGUAAACUCAUUUUUCAUUUUAUCUGUGUGUACAAGUAAUCAGCAUAAUGUUAUAAUCAGAUUUUAUCUUGGUAUGAACUGAAUGAGGAAUGUAUUUUUAAAGCAUCCUAUGAAGUGAAAAUCAGAUUCCAGGGAAGUGGACAGUCUCCCCUGACCUCUCUCCUUUCCAUCAGACUCUGGGCGUUGAAGGCACAGAGCCCUGGCAGCCUUGGUGACAUGUGUCCCCAAGCUAUUCUAGUUCUUCGAUAUUUGGAAUCUCAGGGCCUCUGGUGCCUGGAUCGUGGCAAGAGAAGCCAAAUGUUUCUUUUUACUUCUUCUAAGCUAAUUAUAUCUUCACCCUGACAGCGCAGCCAGCACCCUCAUCUGGGCUCCUCCUUUGCUAAUUCCAUCAAAGCCCUACUUAUUUAUGGGUUCAUGGAGUUUCUCUGCCAACCACUUCUGCUUUUUUUUCUUCUUCCAACUGAGAGCAAGCCUAGAGGGAACAAGAAAGGUUGUUCCCUGAAGUUUAUAUAGAACUCUUUAAAAUCCUAAUGUUUCCCUCCAAAGGAAAGUGUUUCAUGUAGGCACAAGAUCACCAGCCACCAGUCCGGUGAGCUACUUCUUAGCAAGUCCCAUUCAACCUUCUCUCCUGCUUUCUGACUGUGACCUCCAGCCUGCUGAUUUUGGGAUACCACCACUGGCUGGUUCACCAGACUUGCUUCCUUUCUUUUCCAGGAAGUUAGAUCUCCCCCGAACAAAUUUAACUCGGACAGACAUUGCCACAGAUCUUAAAGCAAAUACAGCAGGUGCCCCCAUUGCUCUGUUCUUUUAGAUGCAGCAUUUGGUGUUUUCCUUUGCCUUGUUUUCUGUUUCACCAUCAUUUUCAUCCCUUCUAGGCUUCCAUAAGCUUCUGAUAGUAGAUUGUUGUAGACAGUGAAAAUUGAGAAGAAUUUUACCGCAAAUGAUGAGAAAAUUGCUUGAAAGUUUCUAUCCAUGCACCCCAGUAGUGCUUCUUCUUCUGCUUCUCUUUGUGCUCCUGGUCUACUACCUGUAGACUUUUGGUAUCAACUACUCAGGUUUUUAGCUUCAUCACAUCUGGCUAAUCUGAGUGUUUUCUUCCUGGUAGCUGUCACUAGGUCAGCAGCUGGCAGAGCUCCCUUGUUUGCUGCGAUGAUGUUUGUCUAAGAGCCUGAGGGCUGGUGGCUUAUUGCUGUCCUUUAUUUCCCCUAUCUGAACCACACAAUGAUGAACAACAUUAUCAUCUUCUACUCCUGCCAUGAUGGAAGAGGUUGCGAGGCAUGCAGGACGAAUGGGAACCACUUAGAGGCAGUAGAGUGGACUCUGGAGCUACAGGAAGAGAAUUGGGGACACUGUGGGGCUCUGUGGCCUCCCCUGCACCCUCCUCCUCCCCAAGAAGCAGGUGGGCCGGCUGUGUCCCUCCCUGAGAAAGGAGUGGUCGUCACAAGCAAAGCUUCACUUUGGUUGUUUCCUCUCCAUUAUCAUCUUGGAUACUAUUCCUCACGUGUAACACUUCUCUUCCCUGGACGCCGUUGACUCAUUUCAAAACCAGCCAUCUUUGAUAGUUCUUCAGGCAUACCUGUGGGGUCGUUCUAUCAGCAAGAGGGAUUUUGUACUUGAUAGGGCCACUCGGUCUCCUUAGGAUCCAGAUUCUUGGCAGGCCAUCACUCUGCUGUCUUUUACCAAACUGUGAAUGUUGCUCCCAGCACUGCAGAUCUGCGCGACCAUUUCCCAAAAAAUUCGAACUUGGCUCCCUCUCUCUCUCUCUCUCUCUCCUCCCUCCCCCAGACUCUGUCUCCACACACGCACACCACCCCUCUGCUGCUCCAUCUCUCUCACUAUUGGGUCCACCCCUUUCCAUAUAUUUCCUAAAAACGAUAGUUCCCAUCCCUGUGACCUAGGGCCCUAGGUCAUCAUAGUCUACUUCAAGAUGAGGGACUAUGUCUUUUUCUUUCCUUUGAAAAAACCCUUCCAUAAACAUCCCCACCGUGCUCAUCUACCCCCUGAUACUUACUCCUACUGUGAGAGUUCAUCCAGACCCUCAGAGCUGAAGAGAUGGAGCCCAGGGAGGAGCGGGGACCUGGGUUGACUGGAGCCCCAGGCGCAUGCUCAGCGCGCAAGCGCCGCCCACUGCAGCCCCUAGGAGGAGGGGAGACUCGGUUCCCUCCUAAUGUGGCUCCAAGCUGGGGUUUGCCCUCUGGCUUUAGCGUUUAUCCUCGGAUUUUUAAAAAGUCAUUGAUUUAAAAACAUCUUUUUCUUACUGCACAUUCAAUUUAAUCAUCCAAUGUGAAUGAGCAAAGAACGUUCCAAGUUCUAUAAUGAGAACAGUGAAAGAUAACAAUGUAAAUAAGCCAUGGCCAGACCCUCAGGAAACACAAUCUAGUGGGGAGACAAAAACACAUAAAAAGUCUAAUUAAUGCGCUGCGUAGCUACAAAACAUGAGGGGAGGACGGAAAACAAUGUGUUGUCACUUUCUCCUGAGGUGUCCUAAAAUGGCAAAUGCCUAUUUUCAGCUUUAUUGUUUUUAUGAUAUGGAUAAGGAACAUUUGUAAUUUCUUUAUGAAGAUAGGUUCCUGGAGAUACAUGAUAGAUGGUAGAUAGAUGAAAGAUAGAAAGAUGACAGAUAGAUAAGAGGAUAGAUAAAUAGAUAAAAUUUCUUCUCAAAAAGUCCAAGUGUCAGGUGACAAGACAGAGGUAACUGCAGUAUCUUCCUGAAUGAAUCAUAUGGGGAAGGAAUAGUCACAGGCUGGCUGACCUCUAGCUUUCCACUUUGCUUUCACUUUGUCCCGCUCCAAGGAGGUAACCAUUUGGGGUCAAAGUCAUAGGGCAAUAGGCAUCUUAAGGCUUGGCGUCAAGUCCUACUGCUCUAAUGGGAGGAAUUCAUCCCAGGGAAGGAAAGAAUAGAAAUUAACCUUCAGUGUCCCUUUUCAUUAAAAGAAUCACUUGUGGUCUAAAUACCUAAUAAAAAUGUACAUACUUCUCAUGGACACUUACCAUAUUCUGAACACUUACCAUGCACCUAUACACAGGAGAAAGAUUUGCUCUAUUGUCAGCAAACGCCCUAUUCUUAGGAGGGGGCUUUGUGUGUAAGGACAGGAUAGGACACAUACCACUCAGAAAGGAGUGGGCUGGGGAUUUAGCUCAGUGGCAUUGCUCCUGCCUCACAAGCACAAGGUUCUGAGUUCGAUCCUCAGUACAAAAUAAAAAAAGGAAUGCAACUUGAACAACACUUAAGAUAAUGUUUUCUAGGAAAUAAACUACAGAGAGCCUAGAAUGAGGAAGGCAUAGAUCAAGCCCAUGUGUGCCUCUUCAGUGGCCAGUGGGAAGCCCAGUGUGGCCAGCCCCACCAGACCUUCUCUCGGGGCACCCCAGGACUGCCAAUUGCAGCUGCCCAGCAGCAUUCCUAAGUGCUGAAAAGUGACAGUGUUCCAAAUUCCCAAAAGUUAGUCCAAAGGAGGAAUCUCUUCAGAUAUUAAACGCCAUUGGCAAGUUGAACAGUAGAAUUUGUUUAUUUCCAACAAAAUACCAGUCUUUGCUGUUUAAGGUUAAAAAUCAAAGUUUUUUAUUCAUGUUAGGAUUAGCUUCUUAAUGCUUUAGGGUUAGCCAAAAGGUGGAACAGCAGCUAUAUAAUAAAGAUAGGUUCAAACAAUGGGUGAGUUUUAGCCUUGAUCUGGACUUUUUGCAUUAUCUUAGGAAAUAUGAAUUUAUCAAAAGCAUGUAAUGGAUUAUGCAGUGUGCAUACAUUUGAAAAUAAGAUUGUGCUUUGAAAAUAGUUAUUCAAAGGCUCUUGACCUUCAAAUAACACUUUGAGAAUAUGCUGGAUAUCCAGGUGGAAGGUAUUGAAAAAAAUCCCUAUAUCACUAUGUAUAUUCAGUGGCCAAUAUGGGAGAGCUGUUGGGUUUUAAAAGUUAGUUCUGUAAAACACAAUGCCUGCCACACUGAAUGAUUAUGCCACUAAUGGUUCCAAAUCUCUUAAUUUCCAAAUGCCCGUGGUAGUGAAAAACCAAUCUUAAUGUCAAAGAAGUUGAUCCUUUUGUGAAAUACUGAGCUAUGUGAUAAACUAGAAAAAACUGCAAGUUACAUCUAUGACAUUUUAAGGUACAUGAUACUGUGGAGAAUCACUUGUAUAACCUUGUAGGGUUAAGAGGUCAAAUCAACUUUUAAAAACUGAAAGGAGUAGAAUUUUAAUUUUCAGUACCUUACGAGAUUUGUUGUUAAGUUUUAAGUUGUUCUUGUCUGAGGAAUGAACAAAUGCGAUAAAAAUUACUAAAUAAGGUAGUGGUGGGUGACUUCUCCUCUGCUGGAGAAGCUCAAGGUAUGAUCUACCGGUUAGAUCAGAGGGGUUGUGGCAAGAGCUAAUCCUUUUUCAGGAGUGACCAGAUAGUCUCUCUCCAGGCAUCAGGUGCUUGUAGAAAGACCAUAUAGAAAUGAGAAGCAUCCAUCUCCUCUUUAUCAUAUGGCAAAUUCAAAGGCAUAGCUGCUUGUGAAGAUACGAGUAUGUUUUAUUGGCCUAUCUCGGAAAGCAAUCUACUUCUCUGUUCUUAGUUAAAAAAAAAAAAAAAAGAAAAGAAAAGAAAAGAAAGAAGAGAAAAUCAAGGCUUUU